AUGGAUCCCCAGCUGUCAAGCAGUCCUGAGAAAGAACUCUGUCCCAUCUGCCAAGAGCAUCUGAGGAAGCCAGUGAGCACUGACUGCGGGCACUUCUUCUGCCAAGUUUGCCUUGUCCAACAAGCCAAAAAGGCCUCAGAUGGGGAUAUCCUGAACUGUUCUGUUUGCCGAAAGCCCUGGUCUCCAAGAAUUCUAGGAGCAGGCUACUCUUGUGAGGACCACCAAAAAUUGGUGGGCUGGUUCUGUGAAGAAAAACAACUCUUUCUGUGUUCUCACUGCCGCACGUCUCCUGAACACCGAACCCACCAUGAGAUAUCCAUUGAGAGAGCCAUUACCCACUAUAAGGAACGGAUCCACCGAAAGGUCAGAAAGCACCGGAAGUUCUUAGGGGAACCUUGGCUCCAUCCUGAGGAAAAGGAAAAACUCCAUACUCUACUGAAACAGAUAAACUCAGAAAAGCAGAGGCUAAAGACUGAAUUGGAGAAACAACAACAAAUUAGCUCUCCCCUUCAGCAGUGGCUGGACAGCCUGGAUAGCAUCUCAGAAGAGGUGACAGAACAUCACAACAAAAUUUCUGAGGCAGAAACCUAUCUGAAUGGCCAGAUCACUAAAUUGGAGGAGGCAUCUAAGGAACUGAACAUCACCUCUCUAAAGAGUGUCAGUGAUUUAUUGAGCAGGAAUGUUCCAGAAAACCUACGAUGCCCAGAGACCAACUCUUCUGUGUUAGAGAAGAAAGUAGAAAAGCUCCUUCAGCAGUCCUCCUUGGUACAAGUACCCGGCCCCUCUCUGAACACCCCUACCUCAAACUUGUGUGGCUCUCUUCUCUCUCUUUCACCCACCCCCUCCGCCCAGCUUCCAGAAACCAGGAUCACGCACAUCUUCAGGAUGAUUUUAACUACUUCUCCUGCUGCUAAGCAAAUGAUAGUGGCUACCAAUUACUCCCUCCCCUGCCCCCAGCUUGGAAAUGGGGAAGUCUUGACUGCAGACAUUAGUGGGAUUUAA